AUGUCCUCCAACACGCUUGCACCCAAGGCCGAAAACCUCAAUGCGCGCGUCCGUGGCAGCAGUCACAUCGACUUCAAGACUGCCACCACCGGCGUUGCCGCCAAGGCCAUGCGCAACGAGCUCUCCCAGCUCGUCUCCACGGUCGAGGACCCCCAGACCAAGAGGGCCUUCGACAUUGAGAUGCAGUCCUUCUUCUACCUUUUUACGCGCUACCUCGCCGAGCGUGCAAAGAGCCAGGAGCUCGACUGGGACCGGGUCAAGACCCCCGAGGGUGACCAGAUCGUGCCUUACGCCUCGAUCACCCAGCCCGUGGACCCGAAGAACCUCAACAAGCUCGCCGUCCUCAAGGUCAACGGUGGUCUCGGUACCUCCAUGGGCAUGACCGGCGCGAAGAGUGCCCUCGAGGUCAAGGACGACAUGACCUUCCUCGACCUCACUGUCCGCCAGAUCGAGCAUCUCAACACCACCAACCGCGUCGAUGUGCCCCUCAUCCUCAUGACCUCCUUCAACACCCACGACGACACCCUCCGCAUCAUCAAGAAGUACGCCAACCAGCAGCUCCGCAUCACCACCUUCAACCAGUCGCGAUACCCCCGUAUCCACAAGGAGACCCUCCUGCCGCUCCCCAAGACCGCCGCCGACGACAAGAACAAGUGGUACCCUCCCGGCCACGGUGACUUGUACAAUGCCCUUCUGCACUCCGGCGUGCUCGACCAGCUCCUCGCGGAAGGCAAGGAGUACCUCUUCGUUUCCAACUCGGACAACCUGGGUGCCGUCGUCGACGAGAAGAUCCUCCAGCACAUGAUCGACUCCCAGGCCGAGUUCAUCAUGGAGGUCACGGACAAGACGAAGGCGGAUAUCAAGGGUGGCACCCUGAUCGACUACGAGGGCUCCAUCCGCCUGCUCGAAGUCGCGCAGGUGCCCUCGGAGCACCUCGAGGACUUCAAGUCCGUGCGCAAGUUCAAGAUCUUCAACACGAACAACCUGUGGAUCAACCUCAAGGCGCUCAAGCGCAUCAUGGAGACGGAGGGCAUGGAGCUCGACAUCAUCGUCAACCCGAAGAACACGGAGGACGGGACGCCCGUCGUCCAGCUCGAGACCGCCGCGGGCGAUGCGAUCAAGCACUUCAAGAACGCGCACGGCGUGAACGUGCCAAGAAGCCGCUUCCUGCCGGUCAAGAACUGCUCGGACCUGCUGCUCAUCAAGAGCGAUCUGUACUCGCUGCAGCACGGGCAGCUGCUGCUGAGCGACAAGCGCCAGUUCGAGUCGACGCCGGUGAUCAAGCUGGGCGACCACUUUAAGAAGAUCCAGCAGUUCCAGAAGAGGUUCAAGAAGAUCCCCAAGAUCUUGGAGCUCGACCACUUGACGGUGACUGGGGAUGUAUACUUUGGGCGGAAUGUGACCCUGCGGGGUACCGUCAUCGUUGUCGCCAACGAGGGUCAACGCAUUGACAUUCCCGACGGUUGUAUCCUCGAGAACAAGCUCCUGUCCGGUAACCUCAACAUGAUUGUACGUCACUAUGUCCUCUAUCUCCACGUCUCGGUCACUGACAUUAUCCCUCAAUAG